AUGUGGACUGUGCUUUGUGAUACUCUUGCUUCAAAACUUAUGGCUCCCGAUUAUACACUUCCAGCAGCUUUGUGCUAUAUAGGUGCGGGAAAUAUCGAUAAAACUGUUGAAAUCUGGUCGAAAAGCUUGUCUACUAGGUGUGAAGGAAAAUCUUAUGUUGAUCUUCUUCAGAAUCCUGAAGUGCUUGACAAAGUAGGAAUAAAGCCUCCUCAUGGAGUUCUUUCGAAAGGACCUCAUGACUGUGGUAAGGCUAUUUUUCUUGGCAAUGGUCUUGUUGCAAUUCUUACUGGGUUGUUUAGGAAUGUACUAGUCGAUAGUCUGUCUCUUGGACCAGUGGCACCUUUUGAUGCUGCAUGCUUUCUUGCCAUUGGUAUGAUCAUUAUUAUGACAUCAUGGACUGAGAACUAUGCGGAUCCAUCGGAGAGAAAGAAUUUGCUCACCCAGUUCAGGGGCGACGAAGAUGUUCACACUGUUGGUACACCUCCUUGGUUGAGGUUUAAUAUUGAGUUAGAGAAGCCAAUCGAUGUGUUGGAGAAGAAGGUUAAUAUUGGUUUAGAGAAGCCAAUAGAUGUCGUUGACAAUGAGGUUGAAAUUGAAGACAGUGGGAAAAAACUUCCCGUCGAGAAAGCGGUUUCAGUUAUCGGCUUCGGCUACGAUCUCUGUAACGAUUUGUCGGGUCUCGUUAAUCUAAAAUCCCUCUAUCUAAGCGACAACAACUUUUCCGGCGAGUUUCCGAGUUCCAUCUCCAAUCUCCACCGCUUGAAGGUCGUCGUUCUUUCCGGUAACAAAAUAUCUGGUCCCAUUCCAGAAACAUUGCUUAAACUCCGGCGUCUCUAUGUUCUACACUUGCAAGACAACCAACUCACCGGCUCCAUCCCUCCUUUCAACCAAACCAGUCUUCGAUUCUUCAAUGUCUCUAACAACCACCUCUCGGGCGACAUCCCAGUAACCCCCACCUUAGCCCGAUUCAAUGUCUCGUCAUUUUCCAGCAACCUAGAACUUUGCGGAGAACAAGUUCAAAACCCUUGUGGAAAUAUUUCCGUUGCGCCAUCAUUAAGUCCCUCUUUUCCACUAAUCCCUGGCUCAAGCUCGUCUUCAAGACGACACAAAUUGGUCAAGAUAAUAGCUGGAAGUGUUGGUGGGUUUGUUGGGUUGUUGUUAAUCAUUCUUUUACUAUGUAUGAUUUGCAAAUGUAGGGAAAGAAAAAGCCUAUCGGAGGUUAGAAACAAAGGAAUUGGAGAGGAGGGGGUGGAGGAAACACCUGGUACUGCCGGAGGUUGCGGUGGUGGUGGCGGAGGAGGUAAUAACGGGGGAAAACAAGGGGGGUUUUCGUGGGAAAGUGAAGGACUAGGGAGUCUAGUGUUCUGCGGAGCAGGGGAUCAGAAAAUGACUUAUAGUUUGGAAGAUUUGUUGAAAGCUUCGGCGGAGACUUUGGGCAGAGGGACCAUUGGAAGCACAUACAAAGCAGUAAUGGAAUCUGGGUAUAUUGUGACAGUGAAGAGGCUGAAGGAUUCAAGGUACCCACGAGCAGAGGAAUUCGGACGGCAGAUGGAGGUUCUUGGGCGGCUCAGACACCCUAAUUUGGUCCCUCUUAGGGCAUAUUUCCAGGCCAAGGAGGAACGCUUGCUCGUAUACGAUUAUUUCCCCAAUGGCAGUCUCUUCUCUCUCAUCCAUGUAGGGAGAGCUGGGGGGUAGAUACCCUGGGCAUAUAGAAAGAGAGGCGUGGGGGACACGCUCUGGUAAAGCUAACCUCGUGUCUUGCGGUAGACUUGGGCAAAAGUUCGAACUUAGAUACACACAUCACGUGGCUUUCCCCUUGCUUACCGUUGCCUCGCUGACCUCCUUUUGCAAGUUUUAAUCCUUCCAUCUUAUGGGGCCUUCGUUUUGUUGACAUGCUUUGUU